GUGUCGGAGGGAGGAGAUUACUUGAGUGAGUGCGUAGGAUAUUUCAUCGAUGAGGAUAGGUGCCUGAGCUGGAGAAAGCCACAGUCCGGAUACAACAGCCGGAGCGCGUGAUGGGGAUAAUCCGGUCCAUCAAGGAGCAGGGGAUGAACAAGCUGCAGGUCAUUUCUGACUUCGACAUGACGCUGAGCAGGUUUGGGUGCAACGGCAGGCGCUGCCCCACUUCACACAAUAUCCUUGAUAACAGUCGUGUUAUCAGUGAGGAUGGGAAGAAGAAGCUGAAAGAUCUGCUGCACCAUUACUAUCCCAUUGAAAUCGAUCCCAACCGGACCCUGGAAGAGAAAUGUCCCCUCAUGGUGGAGUGGUGGACCAGGGCCCACGAGCUGCUGUCACAGCAGAGGAUCCAGAAGGGCGACAUAGCCCAGAUCGUCAGAGAAUCAGAUGUGAUGCUGAGGGACGGGUUCAAUGAAUUCUUUGAUCAGCUGCAUAAGUACAACGUCCCCCUGUUCAUCUUCUCUGCUGGAGUUGGUGACAUCCUUGAGGAGAUCAUCCGUCAGGCCAAUGUCUUCCACUCAAACGUCAACGUGGUGUCCAACUACAUGGACUUUGAUGAUAAGGGAGUCCUGACUCGUUUCAAGGGACCUCUCAUCCACACCUACAACAAGAACAACAGUGUCCUGCAAGGAACAGAGUAUUUCCAGCAGCUGAGCACGAGGACGAGCAUCAUCUUGCUGGGAGACUCCAUGGGUGACCUGACGAUGGCAGAUGGGGUUCCCAGCGUGGAGAACAUCCUCAAGAUCGGCUUUCUCAACGACAAGGUGGAAGAGCGGAGGGGGAAGUACCUGGAUGCCUACGACAUCGUGCUGGAGAGCGACGAGACGCUGGAUGUGGUCAACGGGAUUCUCCGGUACGUCCUCACUGAGACAUGAGCUGGAGAGGCCCCUCAGCCACACACCCGGGCAGUAAACAUCCUUCUCUCAACAAA